AAACAGAGAAACCACUGAACUAAAUCACUGUUCUAACAAAUAUAAAACUCAAGCUUCCAAUGUACAAUAGCUCCAAUUGCUCUUUUGUCUCUCUCAUUCUAGUUUCUUCUCUCUCUUUCCUUUUUUUUAAUCUUCAACCAUCAAUGGAGAUUGAAACUUCCUGGUUCUUGCAGUUUCUUAAUGCCUGCUUUUACUUUCUUGCACUUUGUUUUCUUAUCUUUCCUCCCUUGCUAUACUUAGCUGGACUAAAGCCUUGGUGCAACUGUGAAAUAUGUCAUACUUAUCUCACGUCAAGUUGGUCCAAACAAUUUGAUAACCUUUGUGAUUGGUAUGCUCAUCUUCUAAAAAACUCUCCUAGCAAAACCAUCCACAUACAUGUUAUUGGAAACACAAUCACAGCCAACCCCAAUAACGUUGAGUACAUGCUUAAAACAAGGUUUGAAAAUUACCCAAAAGGCAAACCCUUUUCCAUGAUCUUAGGUGACUUUCUGGGUCGAGGUAUAUUCAACGUGGACGGUGACUUAUGGAGGUUCCAAAGAAAGAUGGCGAGUCUAGAGCUCAACAAGUACUCCAUAAGAUCGUUUGCGUUCGAGAUUGUUAAUUACGAGAUCAAAACCCGGCUUGUCCCACUUUUAUCCUUAGUUGGAAGCAAAAAAGAUGGGGUUUUGGAUUUACAGGACGUGUUUAGAAGAUUCUCCUUUGAUUGUAUAUGCCGAUUCUCAUUUGGGUUAGACCCCAGGUGCCUAGAGUUGUCACUACCCAUGUCUGAAUUUGCUGAUUCCUUUGACCUUGCAUCGAAAUUAUCAGCAGAGAGAGCCAUGACUGUGUCCCCACUUGUAUGGAAGAUCAAAAGGGUGUUCAACAUAGGUAGUGAGAAGAAAUUAAAGGAAGCUGUUAGUAUGAUCAAUGUUUUGGCACAAGAAGUCAUAAGGCAAAAGCGCAAAAUGGGAUUUUUCACUCAUAAAGACCUUUUGUCAAGGUUCAUGAGUAGUGUUGACGAUGAUACAUAUUUGAGAGACAUCGUUAUAAGCUUCUUAUUAGCUGGGCGUGACACGGUUGCAUCAGCCUUGACUAGCUUGUUUUGGCUUUUGGCAAAGCACCCACACGUGGAGUCAGCAAUCAUGGCUGAGGCAGACCGAGUCAUCGGAGCAAAUAAGGAGUUCACAAGCUUUGAGGAGCUACGAGAGCUUCAUUAUUUACAAGCAGCAGUGUAUGAGAGUAUGAGACUCUAUCCUCCUAUACAGUUUGAUUCAAAGUUUUGUCAAAAAGAUGAUGUCCUCCCUGAUGGGACUUUUGUGAGGAAAGGCACUAGGGUUACCUAUCAUCCUUACGCAAUGGGUCGGAUUGAAGAAAUUUGGGGUUUUGAUUGCUUAGAAUUCCAGCCAGAAAAGUGGUUGAAAGAUGGUAUAUUUUUUCCAGAAAACCCUUUUAAGUACCCAGUUUUUCAAGCUGGACUCAGGGUCUGUUUGGGAAAAGAAAUGGCUCUAGUGGAGCUCAAAUGUGUAGCACUUUCAUUGCUUCGAAAAUUCCACAUCGACUUAGCUACACCAAGCCACACGCCACGGUUCUCUCCAGGGCUCACAGCCUCAUUUAGUGGCGGAUUACAGGUUUUGGUACGAGAAAGGGAAACACCUUUGUAAUUCAUACAGUCCUUAGCCCCAUGCUUCAAGAUUGCUGUUAUUAUGGUGAAUAUUAUUAGUGCCAUUCCUAGCCAUAUGUGCACCAAUGAAAUUGUGCAGGUUGUACUGAAUUUAGAGGAAUGUGACGUAUGAUUUGAUAGUCUACAUAGGCUUGCACAUACCAGAAUGUCUGCUUGGUGUCGGUAGGAUUUUUAUCCAAAAAAAUUCUGGGAUCACGUCUAAUUACACAAUUUUAUUCACAACUCGUCUAUGUGACAAGUUAUGGUUGAUAGGGAUGAUAGUGGGUCAAUGUGAGGCACCCUUUCAUUAACCACAAUUUGUCAGAGCAAAAUUGUAUAAUUGGGUGUGGUACCAGAAUUUCUCUCUUUAUCCUUAAGGAUGUACAAUAUAAUUAUGUAGCUGGUGUUUUUUGACUGUGCAGAUAGACAUUCCUUCGUGGAAUGUUAGAUGUUCUGCCGGUUAUUUUAGCGCACUCCUUAUAUAUAAUAAGCUCCAAUUAACUUUGGACUCU